AUGGACUACACAGAUGCAAAAUGUGUUGAAGGCAUAUAUUUUAACGAAAGAAAUCCCGACUUAACACCUCAAGAUGUUGAAAUGGAGUCGGUUGAAGAAAGUAGCAAAUCUGUAAGUACGAGAUAUAACAUGGAUCGUAAUAAAAAGAAUCUGGCUUUAAUAAUCAACAAUGAAACCUUCGACGAAUCGACUAGAAUGUCUCAACGACAAGGAUCCGAUAGAGAUGCAUCAGCAAUUAAACAGGCAUUGGAAUCAUUGCAUUUUAAUGUGAUUAACCGGAAGAAUUUAUCAGUGAAAAGCAUGAAACAAAUCUUUACGGAUAUAUCCACGAUGGACCAUGGGAAUCAUAACUGCUUCGUUUGUGUUAUAUUGACUCACGGUGAAGACGAUAACCUGAUAUAUGGCACGGAUAAAGAAGUAAGACUAGAUACUUUAGUGGAGAUGUUGCUUCCUAAUAAAUGCCCAGGUUUAAUAGGUAAGCCAACACUAUUCUUCAUACAAGCCUGUCGGGGAACAAAACUGGACAGCGGUGCAGUUAUGUACGAUGUUACUGAUGGUCAAGUAGAACAUCGAAAUAUCAAAUCUCACAAAGUACCAGUUUGGGCAAACGUUCUUCUGGCUUAUUCUACUGUCCCUGGAUUUUACUCCUAG